AUGCACACUGGAGAGAAGCCAUUUAAAUGUUCAGAAUGUGACCAGUGCUUCACACAUAGAUCUAAUCUUACUUCACACAUGAGGAUCCACACUGGAGAGAAACCUUUUAAAUGUUCAGAAUGUGAUAUGAGCUUCGCACAAAGUUCUUGUCUUACUCACCAUAAGCGGACUCACACAGGAGAGAAACCAUUCAAAUGUUCAGAAUGUGACAAGUGCUUCUCACAAAGUUCUAAUCUUACUAAACAUAAGAAGACUCACACAGGAGAUAAACCAUUCAAAUGUUCACAAUGUGACAAGUGCUUCUCAGCACGUUAUAGUCUUCAUAUACACCAGAAGAUUCACACUGAAGAGAAACCAUUUAGGUGUUUGGAAUGUUGCAAAUGCUUCCCUCGGAAGUAUCUUCUUGCUAUGCACCAGAAGACUCACACAGGGGAGAAGCCAUUUUAUUGUUCAGAAUGUGGCAGGUGUUUCUCAGAAAGGUCUCAUCUUGCUGUACACCAGAGGAUUCAUACUGGAGAGAAACCAUUUAAAUGUUCAGAAUGUGACCUGUGCUUCUCACAAAGUUCCCAUCUUACACAACACCAGAGGAUUCACACAGAAGAGAAACCACUGAAAUCAGAGAAGCCAUUUAAAUGUUCAGAAUGUGGCAAGUGUUUCUCAAAAAAUGCUUCUCUCACUAAUCACCAGAGGAUCCACACAGGAGAGAAACCUUUUAUAUGUCCAGAAUGUGGCAAGUGCUUCUCAAGUAGUUCUAGUCUUUGUCAACACCUCAAGAGUCACUCCGGACAAAAAUCAAUGAAUUGUUCAGAAUGUGGCAAGUCCUUCUCACAAAGGUGUAAUCUUAUCAUACAUCAGAGAAUUCACACAGGAGAGAAACCAUAUAAAUGUUCAGAAUGUGGCAAGUCCUUCUCAGAAAAGGGUAAUCUUAUCAUACAUCAGAGAAUUCACACAGGAGAGAAACCAUAUAAAUGUUUAGAAUGUGGUAAAUCCUACAGAGAAAGCAAUCAUCUUGUCGUACAUCAGAGAACACACACAGGAGAGAAACCAUAUAAAUGUUUAGACUGUGGCAAGCCCUUCUCAGAAAAGGGUAAUCUUAUCAUACAUCAGAGAAUUCACACAGGAGAGAAACCAUAUAAAUGUUUAGAAUGUGGUAAAUCCUUCAGAGAAAGCAGUCAUCUUGUCACACAUCGGAGAAUUCACACGGGAGAGAAACCAUUUAAGUGUUCAGAAUGUGGCAAGUGUUUCUCAAAAAAUGCUUCUCUUACUAAUCACCAGAAGAUUCACACAGGAGAGAAAACAUUUAAAUGUUAA